CUGCUCCACCCACACCCAUAUCUCAGGUUUUGGGCGAGAUAAACUGCUCCCAUGGCGGUCAGAUUCCCGUCCAUGGAGCUAAACCGCUCGCCGCCGCUCCUCUCCGGUGGAAAAGGCAAAACAUGCCUUCAGAAGCCUUUCAUUGUCCAAGCAAAGAGGUCAGGGGGAUUGGAAGCAAAUACUAGGUCGCGAGGACCGCAAGUUUCUGAACAACUCAAGAAAAGAGCACCGCUGGCACGUGGGACUGUUAGUCCAGCACUUCCAGUACCACGCCACAUACCUCGACCUCCUUAUGUUGGUUCAAAGAAAAUGCCAGAGAUAGCGAGUGAGAUGCAAAUGCAUGACAAGGAGACCAUCGUCCACAUGAGAGCUGCUUGUGAGCUUGCUGCUCGUGUUCUUGAAAAUGCGGGAAAAUUAGUCAAACCCUCUGUAACAACAGACGAAAUUGAUAAAGCAGUGCACAAGAUGAUCAUUGAUGCUGGAGCCUAUCCAUCCCCGCUUGGAUACGGUGGGUUUCCGAAAAGUGUAUGCACAUCAGUGAAUGAGUGCAUGUGCCAUGGUAUUCCCGAUUCACGAGAACUACAGGAUGGUGAUAUAAUUAACAUUGAUGUCACUGUCUACUUGAAUGGUUUUCAUGGGGACACCUCUAAAACCUUUUUGUGUGGAGAAGUGGAUGAAGCCAGUAAACGUCUUGUGAAGGUUGCUGAAGAGUGCAUGCUUAGAGGCAUAGCAGCCUGCAAACAUGGUGUGAGCUUUAAGAAAAUUGGCAGAAGAAUAAGCGAUCAUGCGGAGAGGCAUGGAUUUGGUGUCGUGGAGCAAUUUGUUGGGCAUGGAGUUGGCAGAGCAUUUCAUGCACAACCAAUUAUAUAUCACCAGCGUAACAACAUGCCGGGGCAGAUGGUGGAAGGGCAGACAUUCACGAUAGAGCCGAUCCUGACGAUGGGGAAGGACAGCAUCGAGUGCGACAUGUGGGACGACGGGUGGACGGCGCUGACGACGGACGGCAGCAUGGCGACGCAGUUCGAGCACACCAUCCUGAUCACCAAGACCGGGGCAGAGAUCCUCACCAAAUGCUAGUAGCUGUAUCCAUGGUCUCUGCCUGCGUGGUAGAUUCGUGUGGCGAUGCAAUGGCCUUUUGCUCAUUUCUAUGCCGUUGCAGAAGAAGUCACUGUACUAUUGCGGCCGUGUCAGUGUAGGAACUAGUGUUGCUUAAAACUGAAAGAAAAAAAAUGCACGGGAUUGUAUUAGGCAGCAGCAAUGGAGAGCUGCCAAGCUCUUCUGGUC